AUUGUGAAAUGCUAAUUAACUCAAAAUGAUUAAGUGGAGGGACUUGAGAAGGCCUCAGUUUAAGAAUAGUCAAAGACUUCAAAAACAGAAGAGUGAACCCGAAUAGGACUUACCUGAAUGCUGAAUCUAACCCGGACCAUUUGUUUGACCAAGUGGGGAUUUCGAGAAAGAUUCAUAAAAGAGGAUUAAGCAAACCAAAAGGACCUUUUACAGCAGCAAGAAAGCAUUUGAUUCAAAGCAAGAGGUUAUUUUCAAAGACCCAGUUAAGAGCAAAGAUCAAUGAUACAAUAAGAAAUCCUAUAAUUAAGACCUCAGGUUUUUCAAAUGAAAGUAGUAGUAUUGCUAGUGGGAGGACUCGUAACAUCAAAAAUUUUAACAGUGGUCCUCAAAAUUCAGCAAAUAGGAUAAGAAAUGCUUCAAAUUUUAAUUCUAUUGAUCCUCCUCAAAGAGUCUCUCCAUUUAGCAAGUAUAGUCCUCCUGUUGGGAUAAAUAAAACUGCUAAUGAAUUUCCGGUUAGCCCAGCUCCAUUGCAGAACAGUUUCACUACCCAAAAUUCACGAAGAAUAAACUUCCAAAACUCUAAAUUAAGAAGCAACCUAUUGCACACCAAUUUUAAAGCUUCAAUAAUGGAAAGACGCGAACAAUUGGAUCCUAAUAGAGAGGCGUUACAGAAGCAUUUUAUGGAGAUGUGUGAUGUUAAGGGAUCUAAACUGUACAACUACAGCUUAUCUAGACAAACCUUCCGUGAUUACAUGCUAAAACGAUACUGAACAAAUGUUACAGAAAGAGUCAUCUUCCUUAUGCAACUCCCAAAGCGGGUGAAAUACGAAAAAUAUGUUGAAUGAUGCAAUAACCUGAUCAAGAUGAGCCACUACGAGAAGCUAAAGCUCAGCUUUGGCUUCUUCGACCAUGACUUUGAUGAUAAGAUCUCUGUAACAGAUGGUCUGCUCAUGAUGAGACAUCUUACAGACACUGAGUACUUAAUGCAAGAAGACCUGAGAGUACUAGUCAAAGGGUUACUGGACAAACAGAAAUUUCAUAAGAAGCUUACCAGGAGAGAUAUCCAUGUUAUUCCUGAAUUUAAUGAUCCUAAGAAAAGAAUUAUUGAUAAGAAAAUUUCAGUUGCUAGUGAAGAGAAAAACAACAGAAAAAUGCAUGAACAUCUUGGAUUUUUUAAGGAGGAGAACAUGAGGGAGAAGUUCAGAAGGUUAAUGAAGAACUCCUCAAACUCCAGCAUUAAUCCAGCAGCCUCUCCUAGGAGGAAAGCUGAGGGAUAUUCAGGAAUUUUAUCAAGGAAUUCUUCAUUCCACGAAGAUGAUAAUCAUGAAUGGAAUUCGGAUGACUCAUUUUUCUCUGAUACAGAGACUAAUACCCAAACUGUUGGUCCACUUCUUGAAGAACUAAGCUCGACCAAAACGAAUGAUGCUGCCUACAUGAGAAAUAAACCUCAUAAAAAGAACAAGCAUAAUUUAAGAGUUGAAGAUAUUUGAGAUACUUUCUCGAAAAAGACGAACAAACGCGCAAACUUUUAUCGAUCAAUGGAACGAUAUUGUCAGAAAUAAAUACCUGUUCCAUGAUCAUGACUACUUGGAAUUCAAAGAUUAUAUGAAGCUGAAGUUUAGCUGCCCAGCUCCUUUAGAUUCAUCCAGCUUCGUGUCAACAGUAUCCAAGUUUCACUUUAUGGAAGACAGAAAGAAAAAUAUGCAAAAAGUUAAAACUGUUUACCCAUCAAUCCUCUAUGAUGUCUACUAUUAUGUAUGCUUAUACGAGUUUGAAGACAUCAAGAUUAUAAACCCCGAUUACUACACUCUUAUUCGCAAACAGAUUGCAAAGCUUCCAAUGAUUGAUGAUCAGGAGCUUAUCAAGAAGCGGAGUGAGGUAGAUUAUCUUUACAACGAUGCUAGGCUCAAAGAGCUAAUCAAUGAUCUAACAAAUACUCACGGAAUGGUCAAGAAAAUUAAUAUAGACCACCUACUUAAUAAAUAAUUCAAAUUCACGAG